UGUUUUCUUGUGUUACAGAGAAGACUACAUUGACAAUGCCAAAAGGCGGAGCUGCUAUGUAUGAACAGGAAGAGAAGAUGAGAAGAGGUACAUGGAUGAUAGGGGAGGAUAUCCAGCUCAUUAACUAUAUAACUCUACAUGGGGAAGGCCGUUGGAAUUUCCUUGCCAAAGCUUCAGGACUGAGGAGAAGUGGGAAGAGCUGUAGGCUGAGGUGGGUUAACUAUCUACGCCCAGAUCUCAAAAGAGGGCAGAUUACUCCAGAAGAAGAACGUUUAAUUAUAGACCUCCAAAGCCGCUGGGGUAACAGGUGGUCUCGAAUCGCGCGACAUUUACCUGGCCGGACAGAUAAUGAAAUCAAGAACUACUGGAGGACAAGGAUUAAGAGAAAGCUUCUUACAAAAAAUGCAGGAAAUCAAUCUUCAAGGGUCUCACAUAAUUCUAACUCCAUGCCACAUUCAUUUCCCCAGCAGAACAGUGAAGCAGAAAGGAGCAGGACACCAGAGAAUAGCCUGCAGAAAAAUGGAACAUUCAAUAACAGAGUGGUCCAUUUUAAAGAUGGAAUAGAGGAAGAUUCAAUGGGCAUGCCGGAUUCAAUUAUAAGCUCAAAUGAAUGGAACAAUUUUCAUGACAAUGGUGACCUGGUUGAGGAUAUGACGAUGUCUUACGAGAUGGAGUCCUUUGCAUGCAUGAUUUCUGAAUUAUGUGCAGAUGUGGUGGAUGACCAGUGCAGCAUCUUCAUUCAUUGAAUUUUGAAACCAGGCUAAAGUUUUAGUUCUCAAUAGAACCCACAUAAUGGUGCACUGCAUAGUAGAUUUGAAUGUAAUUAAAAGUUAAAUUGAAAUCACUGUAUAGCAUU